UUGAGAGGCCCGACAUUUAAUUGUCGUAGCACAUAUAAAUAAAUCCUUUCUCCUACAGCAGCCAUAGAGAGCUACAAUUAGGGUUUACGAUUUGCUGCUACAAUGGGGAAGGGAACGGGGAGUUUUGGUAAGAGAAGGAAUAAGACACACACCCUGUGUGUGAGGUGUGGCCGCCGCAGCUUCCACCUCCAGAAGAGUCGCUGCUCCGCGUGCGCUUUCCCCGCCGCGCGCAAGAGGAAAUAUAACUGGAGCGUGAAGGCCAUUAGGAGAAAGACCACUGGGACUGGAAGGAUGAGGUACUUGCGUCACGUGCCUCGCAGAUUCAAGAGCGGCUUCAGAGAGGGUACCGAAGCUGCACCAAGGAAGAGAGGAGCAGCUGCCAGUGCCUAAGCUGGGUCAGUGAGUUAAUUAUAGGAGUUGAGGUUUCUAUGUUGGGGCCAAGCUCUAUGGGGUAUUUUUCUUUCUGUCGUUUUUGUUUUUAUUUAAUAUGUAGUUGCUUUGUGUUUCGACAUGAGGAUUGUAAGGAAUUUUGAUUUUUCAAUGAGAGUUUUUGACAUCCAUAUUUUGGCGUAUCAA